AUGGCAGACCAACAACAACAAGCUGGUAAAAGGAGCCUUUUGUCUCGUCCAUUGGACUUGAUAUACUUUCUCUACUUUGCCAGUCAUAUCCCUGUUACCUUAGCUAUCGAUUUUCAAAUCUUUUAUCCCCCUCAAUGGGUUCCUCAAGUACUCAAGGAUGCUUUGAAAUUCUAUACUGAAACUUACAAAGAUCCCUUCAUGGGAAGCUCAACUCCUGUAUAUUGGUUUUUGAGCUUCGUUGUAUGUGAACUGUUUGUUCAGUUGCCCUUCUUUUUCAUGGCAUGUGCCGGCCUUGCCAAAGAUUCCAAAUACAUCCGUCUUCCUCUUGCCAUUUAUGGUGCACAUGUUGCUACCACUGUAUUGCCAACCAUUGCCGAAGUUCUAUUCAACGAAACAUUGAACUUGAACACCACUGAACGUCAAACAUUGAUUGGAUUCUAUGCACCUUACUUUAUCUUGCCUCUCAUUAUGACAGUAGAUUCAUUCAUUCGCAUCAACAACUAUCUGAAAGUAGAUGUCUCUGCUAAAAAGACUCAAUAA